AUGAUUGAAUUAGGCCUCUCCCGAAUAUCCCGGCUUGUUCAGCAGUCAGCAUUCACCUGGAAAGCAAUCCACGUCGCUGGGACGAAUGGCAAGGGCUCCAUCACAUCAUACGUCUCCGGUCUCUUGACGGCCGCCGGCGUUCGAUGCGGCCGGUUUACCUCGCCUCAUCUGAUCGACCGAUGGGACUGUAUCACUAUCAACGAUAAGACCGUCCCAGAAUCUUUGUUCCGCCAAGUUGAGGAACAGAUUAAACAGCGCAACCGUUCAUUAGGUGUCGAUGCUUCGGAAUUCGAAUUGCUUACCGCAACGGCCUUUGAAAUUUUCGAUCGAGAACAUGUAGAGAUAGGUGUUGUGGAAGUAGGAAUGGGCGGUCGCCUCGACGCUACCAAUAUACUUUCGAAUGUACUCGUAUCCGUCAUCGCAAAGAUCGGUCGCGAUCACGAGGCAUUUCUAGGAAACUCGAUACAAGCCAUCGCCAAUGAGAAGGCAGGAAUUCUGAAAGCUGGCGUACCUUGCGUCAUUGAUGGCACCAACGAGGCCGAGGUGCUUCAGGUCCUACAGUCUCGCAUUAAAGAGCUUGGUAUUGAUUCCACGAUGGCGACGCCGGAUAUAGCGAUUCAACGGUAUCCAAAACUUGUUUCGUUAUUCAACGAUCUUGAUCUGGAACCUCACCAAAGAACCAACAUCGCCUGCGCAACUCUAGCACUACAAAAGGCUUUGGAACAAACCCAAUCCCCCUUAAAGGUGGAUGAUCUUGUUCCGAGUUUAUCGAAAAUUGAAUGGCCUGGUCGUUUACAGCUCCUUUCCGUCAAAGCUUUGAUCGAUCGCGAUGAACCCAUACUCAUUGAUGGAGCCCACAACGGACAAUCUGCGAAUGUACUCGCCGGCUUUGUGAACCGUAAGUUACGCCGACAGGGCGUGCCGGUAACUUGGGUGGUUGCUGUUUCCCACGGAAAAGAUCUGUCCGAGAUCUUACAGCCGUUGGUUCAACCUGGAGACAAUGCUGCAGUGGUUACAUUUGGGCCUGUUGAUGGCAUGCCUUGGGUUAAAGCUACGGAUCCAGAACGGGUUGUCGAGCAUAUCAAGUCAAUAUCUGGCAUAGGGAAGGUCGAAGCUUUUGGCGCCGAUAUUCCUUCUGCGCUCACUUGGGCAUCGCAAUCUGCUAGACAAGGGCCGUUAGUGAUUGCCGGCAGCUUGUAUUUAGUAUCUGAUGUCUUCCGGCUACUUCGAUCUCAAGAAUAG